AUGCACCUAUAAGCUGGUUUGCCAACCGCCAAUAAACACCAAAGAAGAAGAAGAAGCGCCUGAGAGCAGUCGACACACGAAGAAGAGUCACGCUGCCAUAUAUGGGUAUAACCCCGGUGCUGUUAGCUGACUGUGCUAGUCUAUAAACAACAUGUGUGUAGGAUCUAACGUCAGCGUGUGAAACAUGACAAAUGCCUUGUUGUGAGCGAUAACAGUUAACAGAAGACGACUUUGCCCUUCAGUUUCUACCACAAAAUGUCAUUCAACACCGAGAGAGGAGAACUUCAAUAACUUUUCUCCCUGCUUGUAGGCAACAGAGCUAGCUGAGUUGUGAGAGGGUUCAUCCAAAAAGAGCUCAGAGAAGAUGUCACCACCUCCUCCACCUGCUCCAUGUCUACCACAUCAUCUUCCUCCUCCUCCUCCUCCUCCACCUGCUCCAGGUCUACCACCUCCUCCUCCUCCUCCUCCACUUGCUCCAGGUCCACCACCUCCUCCAGCCUCAACACCCAAGAAGAAGCUGUUUCAGACUAUAGCCAGUAGCAGGAGUCCUGUGGAGGGGAACCACACAGAGGCUCUCUUACUGCUCAGUCAGAGAGAGAGCAGUUUUAGGAAGGACCUGCAGUGGAUACUGGUGAACACAUACGUGCCCUCCCUCAUCCAAGAUGGUCCACAGUGUGGUCUGGUGGCUUUGUGGAUGUCCGCUCACCUUCGACAGCCACAGCUGAGUGUUGACAUGGAAACUGUUGUUCAGACGGCACUGAGCAGAGGAUACACGGCACAGGGUGAAAUGUUUUCAGCUGAAAACAUGGCCCUGCUGGCAGAGGAGGUCUGUGGCUGUAAGGCAGAGCUGCUGUCGGGUGGUUUAAGUGGUAAUAAUGCUGCGACCAUCAUCACACACCUGUGGGGGAGACAGCCUGUUCUCAUCCCAUAUGACGAGGACUACAACCAUGAGCCGUGCCAGCGGAGCGGCCACAGGGCGCACUGGGCAGUCGCAUCAGGUGUCCUCCUCGGUUUGGACCAAGGGAGCGUGAGCAAAGAGCACACCCAACCUGACCUCACUCUGCCCUGGCUCUACCUCGCCGUAGACGGCAGCUCUCCGUGUCCCGUCGGUAACGCGGCAGUCAGAGAGGUUUACAUCCUGGCUAAGCAGGGUAAAAGCCUGCGCUACCAGCUGUGGAGUUUGGAGAGCGUAGCUCAGAGCAACGAGCAGCUGAGGACGAUGGACCCUCAGAGAGCCAAUGACGGGAACCAGUAUGUGGUUCCUCAGGGAGGGGUGGAGGCCGGGCUGGCUGGACAGGCCGUGUUGCUCCACACGAGGACACAGAAGCAGGAAUGAGUGUGACGCAGGACCCAGCUGUGUGGAAAACAAUGGAUGGAUACAGGGGGCAGCGUCUGAGACCUGUUGAGAGGCGUCACAGUGAACUCUUACGUUGCAAUGUGAUUGAUACCACUGUUUUUUUAGAACAAUCUGACGUCUGCGUGGCUUACAAAAGUCUAACAUUUCCCAAAAGGGCUUCAGAGUGUUGUGUAUAACGGUAUGUACUACAGCUCUGAUGUUGGGUAAUUGUGCAUCCUGUUAGGGGUAAUAGUGAUGUGACAAUAUGAUGUUAUCAAGUGUCCACAUAUUCUUCUAUACUGAUGUAACUGUGUUUUAGUAUCUCUAGUUGUAUUGGGUCCUUUGCAGGCAGUGUUGUGGGUAAAUUAAUGCAUAGGGCUGCAUUUUCAAAAAUAUUGGAUUUGCAGUGUUUUUUCAUCAAUAUGAUUAGGAAAAAACGUUUAACUUAGAAGUAUUUAAUUUAAUAAUUUAAUUCACUGGAUAAACCAAAAACAGAAAUUCUUAUUUUAUUUUAUACAUUUUUAUUUAUUUAAUUUUUUGUAUUAUAUUAUUUUAAGCCUCCAACAAAAUUUCCAGAAAAUACACUGCAAUACAAAAUGAUCCACAUUGCCCACCCCCAAGAUCUUUUCAUUACUUUUGUGUCUAUUUUUUUUAUGGAGAAUUAUAUUUUUGUCCUGCAGGUUUACAAUGUGACUAAACUUCCUUUACCUCUUGGUACUAAAUACAUCACUGACUGAAUGGAAUAUAUUUAUACAAUAAAAUGUCUAAAUUCUU